GUCCAGAUUAUCAAGCAGAUGAAAGAAGAGCCAGAGCCGUCAGGUGGGGACCAGAGGAAGAGGAGGAAGCCUUUCUCUUCUUGGUAACAGUGAACUUGGUAGAUGARUUAUUUUCUUGACACCCCAGCCUCAGACAGAGCAGCUAGCUCGGCUGGCUUGCAGCGCUGCUGGAGGACGGCGGGGAGCUGGCCGAGGCGCUCGGCGAGUUCGACGCCGUCCUGGAGGAGUUCGCGUGCCCGCCCGCCCGGCGCCGCUUCCACUACGGCGAGCACCUGGAGCGCAUGAAGCGGCGGAGCUGCGCGAGCGGCAGCGACGGCAGCGGCCUCAGCGACUCCGAGAGUGCAGAUUCACUGUACAGAAAUAGUUUCAGCUUAAGUGACGAGAAACUGAAUUCUCCAACCGCAUCUACUCCAACUUUGCCGUCGCCUUCAGUAACUCCAUGUAAAGCAAAGCUUGGAGAUACAAAAGAACUGGAAGAUUUUAUUGCUGAUCUUGACAGGACAUUAGCAAGCAUGUGAAACGGGAUGCUUUGGCCUUGUGCCUAUGAAUAUGUCCCCUGAAAGAUAAGUGGCAUCAAUCACUGAGAACUGCUGACAUUGAUGGAUAACUUCACCACUCAAGCUAUUUACUUUCUGAACGUAACAUUUGUCAUCUUCCUAUAAGUAUUUAGCAGCAUGGGUUUUGCUAUUCUGCAGCAGGUGAAAUCAGAUAACUUAAAUGUUAUUGCUAUAUUUUGCUUUAAAAUAUAGCUUAAAUUUUAAUUUAAAGUUGCUUUUAUGAAAAAAAAUGUAAAUUUAUAUAGUUGAGAACUUUUAAUGCCUUUUCCAUUAUAAUAUAUAUUUUUGUAUACAAAUAAAGCCUGAACUGGAAUCCAGAUGUCUGAACUUCAUAUGAACAGAACUGUGAAAAGGGAUUAUGAAUUAAGUUUACAAUAAAAACAUCAGGUUUUAAAGUAUUUAAUACAAUUAUUUCCUGAUAGACAAAACACUAUCUUGACUUGCACUUUUUCC